AUGAAAAGAAGAUGUGCUGUCUUACACUGGUUAAGAUGCAAGUUCUAUGUGUUUGUUGUGUCACUGUUUGUCGUGCUGAAGCUGGUGUACAUCAAGAUCUCAAUGGACAACAGUAUUUACAUCGAGCCCUAUAUAGGUGCACAUAGAUCACUCAGAGUACAGCCUCUGAAUGUUAUUAACUGCACAGCCAUUUAUGAACUGGAACCGGUGGAAAUCGGCAGGUCAUUGGAGUUAAGACGCAAAAACAUUGUGGAAGUCAACGAUGGGAGUAUUGUUUCUUUCACUGAAGACUGCAAAAACUACAUCGAACAAAGGGGUUAUAAUGAUGUCAUUGUAACAGACGAGGAGUGCAGCUUUCCAAUCGCAUACUCUUUAGUGGUGCACAAGAACAGCGCCAUGGUGGAAAGGAUUCUUCGAGCCAUCUACACACCUCAUAAUAUUUACUGCAUUCAUUAUGACCAAAAGUCCUCAAAUACUUUUAUUGCAGCCAUGAAGAACUUGGAAAAAUGUUUUCCAAACGUCUUCAUAGCGUCUAAAAUUGAGUCUGUUCAGUAUGCACAUGUUUCCAGACUUAAUGCUGAUCUCAACUGCCUUUCGGACCUUCUCAGUUCAGAGGUCAAAUGGAAGUAUGUCAUCAAUUUGUGUGGCCAAGACUUUCCGCUCAAGUCUAAUUAUGAGCUGGUAUCUGAGCUCAAGAAACUGAACGGCGCAAACAUGCUCGAAUCAAGCAGACCCAGCGAAAUGAAAAAAAAGCGCUUUCAGUUUCGGUAUGAACUGAAAGAUGUGUCAUAUGAAUACCAUAAAAUGCCAGUUAAGACAGACAUUGCUAAGGACCCACCGCCACAUGACAUUGAGAUGUUUGUUGGUAGUGCUUACUUUGUCCUGACACGUGAUUUUGUGUCAUAUAUUAAGAACAAUCAGCUGGCAGUGGAUUUUCUGCAAUGGACGUCUGACACAUAUUCUCCUGAUGAGCACUUUUGGGCAACGAUGGCCAGAGUGCCUGGAGUUCCUGGAGAGAUCAGGAGAUCUGAGCCUGAUGUGACAGAUCUGAAGAGCAGGACACGUUUGGUUAAAUGGAACUACCUUGAAGGCCAUUUGUAUCCACAGUGCACCGGCACACACAGGCGCAGUGUCUGCAUCUAUGGUGCAGCAGAGCUCCGGUGGCUUCUGGAGGACGGCCACUGGUUUGCAAACAAGUUUGAUCCCAAAGUUGACCCUGUCAUUAUUAAAUGUCUUGAAGAGAAACUCGAGGAGAAGCAGCAUCAACAAUGCAUGAAAAGAGUAUCUUGA